AUGAAAGAGGUUCGUGAAGCCACCUUGGAAGUCUAUGGCUUUGUGGUGGCUGCAUUCAGGGCUAUCAAGCAAUGGUUUACCUGCGAGCAACAGACCAGCCACGAUCAUGAUGGACAGGCGCGAAAUGCCUGGUGCAAACGUGUCGUCCUCGCUGUGACAGUAAAGUCGGGCAGAUCUUACAAGGCAAUCAAGGAUGCCAUAGGGAUUGAAAGCGACUCUCCCAGAAAUUACCGGAACAGAAACCAGACUGGGUCCCUUCCAGAACCACCCGGAUUCAUGCGUCAUUUUGCCGUUUGCUUGGUGCCAGAGGCGGUUUGGAUGGAUGGAACAACGGACCUGCUGUAG